AUGCUUUUUCGCUCCCUUCUUCCCCUGACGGCUGUGGCCUUCGCCACACCUUCCGUUGCCUAUCCGAAUCUCCUGAACGAGCAGCCUCUCCUGAAACCCGAGGAGUCUCAGUCCCGCGCCGACAUCAUCGAGGAAUCCUUCGUGCACGCUUGGGAUGGCUACUACAAAUAUGCCUUCCCCAACGACGAACUACACCCCCUCUCCAACGGCUAUGGCAACUCUCGCAAUGGCUGGGGCGCAUCUGCUGUGGACGCCCUGUCCACGGCCAUUAUCAUGCGUAAUGCGACCAUUGUGAACCAGAUCCUAGACCACAUCGCCAAGAUCGACUACUCCAAGACCGACGAUAUGGUCAGCUUGUUCGAGACCACCAUUCGGUACCUGGGGGGAAUGUUAUCCGGAUAUGACCUGCUGAAAGGUCCUGCAUCCGACCUGGUCAAGGACGAGAAGAAGAUCGAGACCCUCUUGACCCAGUCCAAGAACCUUGCCGACGUUCUCAAGUUUGCCUUUGACACCCCCUCAGGGGUCCCCUAUAACAAUAUCAACAUCACGUCGCACGACAAUGAUCACGCCAAGACCAACGGUCUGGCGGUGACCGGAACUCUGGUUCUUGAAUGGACGCGUCUGUCGGACCUGACCGGCGACGACGAGUAUGCCAAUCUCAGCCAAAAGGCGGAAUCGCAUCUCUUGGACCCCCAGCCCAAGGAAGCCCAGCCAUUCCCGGGGUUGGUGGGAAGCAGCAUCGACAUCCGCACCGGGAAGUUUGCCAAUGCUCAGGUCAGCUGGAACGGUGGCGCCGACUCGUUCUAUGAGUAUCUGAUUAAGAUGUAUGUGUACGAUCCUAAGCGGUUCGGCAAGUACAAGGAGCGCUGGAUCGCAGCGGCCAAGUCGACUAUCGAGCACCUGGCGUCCAACUCCGAGACCCGGCCUGAUCUGACCUUUUUGGCGUCGUACAACAAUGGGAAUCUGGGCCUGAGCUCGCAGCACCUGACCUGCUUUGAUGGGGGCAACUUCCUGCUGGGUGGCACCGUGCUGGAUCGCGAGGAUUUCAUCGAUUUCGGCCUGAAACUGGUCAACGGAUGCCACGCGACGUACAACGAGACCCUGACUGGGAUCGGGCCCGAGAGCUUUAGUUGGAGCCCGACCAACGUGCCCGAGGACCAGAGGGGGCUGUAUGAACGGGCGGGCUUCUACAUCAGCAGCGGCGCCUACAUCCUGCGACCGGAGGUCAUUGAGAGUUUCUACUAUGCCUGGCGCAUCACCGGUGAGGAGAAGUACUGUCGCACCGACUCGGGGUUUGCGGGGCUGAUGGACGUGAACGCCAAGGAUGGCGGUGGCCGAUAUGAUAACCAGGAGAGCUUCCUCUUUGCGGAGGUGAUGAAAUAUGCGUACCUGACGCAUUCUUCCGAUGAGGAAUGGCAGGUGCAAAAGGGUGAUGGUAAUCAGCCCAGCACCGGCAACCGCAUCGCCAUUAUAUACCCCUGCACACCAGACAGUCCUAUGGCGCCGUAUUCGCUUUCUUUCAAAGAUGGGGAUACGACAACAACGGUGUUUCGAAUCGCCGAUGCCGCGACUUUUGAUUUCCUGCGUGCGUCGCAGGGCGUUGAUGUUUGGAUUGAAAAACACGGAGACCUUACCUCAUCCAUAAUUCAUCCUCCUUUGUAUCGAUUUCAAGUUAAGGUCAAUCCGGUUCCGAAUGGACUGGACAGUACGAGUACACAGCUGCAGGCACAGUUACCGCAGAGAUUGGAUCUGGGGGUCUCGGAUGUGGGAAUCGUUGGGAGACAGGUUACUGUCAUGGUGGAGGGAAGGAGGAUGGGAAUGGGGAUUGUAGGGUUUGAUUAA